AGAGUGAUUGUUAGUGGCAUGGCAGCAUCAUGGUCGUGAAUAUGGCUGCUACCAUUGCAGUUGGAGAUGUCAUUCCGGACGGCACUUUGGCCUAUUUGGAUGACGACAGCAAACCCCAAUCUGUCUCCAUUCACUCCCUCGCCGCCGCCAACAAAGUCAUCAUCUUUGGUGUUCCCGGUGCCUUCACUCCUACUUGCAGCUUGAAGCACGUGCCCGGCUUCAUUGAGAGAGCAGAAGAACUUAAAGGAAAGGGUGUGGACGAAAUAAUUUGUAUCAGCGUGAAUGAUCCCUUUGUUAUGAAUUCAUGGGCCAAAACAUUCCCAGAGAACAAGCAUGUCAAGUUCCUUGCCGAUGGUGCAGCCAAAUACACUCAUGCCCUUGGGCUUGAACUCGACCUCACUGAGAAAGGGCUUGGAGUUCGCUCUAAGAGGUUUGCGCUACUUGUGGAAGACCUCAAGGUGAAGGUUGCAAAUGUUGAAAAAGUUGGCGAAUUCACUGUCUCUAGUGCUGAAGAGAUCAUCAAGGCUCUUUAAACCCUUGAAAUCCUUCUUCAUAGUUGCCUCUGAGGAACCUUGGCUCAUCUUUCUGUCUAGUGUUGUUACUCUUUUGACACCAGAACAUGCUAGAAACAUUUUGCUUUUCAUAUAUAUGUGUUGUGUGCUUUAGCUUGUAAGGAUCAUGCAACCAAGCUCUCAACUCUAAAUUAAAAGGGGGGAAAUAUCUGAUAAAGUAAUAAGAUAAUUAGUUCAAUAAAGUAAGAACAUGUGACACAUGAUA